AUGGAAUCUAGAUCUGAUGAUUACGAAUACAAUAAUUUGAAGCGAAUUGAUGGGUUGAGACAUGAAAUAAUUACUGAUAAAGCUUUAUCAUACCACGAUGCACUAUUUAAAAUUAUCAUUAUUGGAGAUUCAGGCAUUGGGAAAUCAUGUGUAUUAAAGAGACUAGUAGACAAUGAAUUCAAAGAGGAUCAUGAUGUGACAGUGGGAGUUGAAUUCGGUUCCUUUUUAAUUAAGAUUGAAGAUAAAAUUUUGAAAUUGCAGAUUUGGGACACUGCAGGAUAAGAGAGCUUUAGAUCUAUUACUAAAAUAUUUUAUAGAGGAGCUCACACUGCUAUACUUGGUUAUUCAAUUACUUAGAGGGAUACAUAUGAAAACGUUUAAGACUGGCUAAGAGAAGCGAAAAGCUCAUGUUAGCCUGACAUUUUAAUGUGUUUAAUCGGAAAUAAGUCUGAUCUUGAAUAGAGAAGAUCUGUCUCUCACGAAGAGGGUUUAGAGUUCAAAAAGAGAAAUAAUUUAUUGUAUUUCACUGAAACUUCUGCUAAAUCAGGAGAUAAUAUAGAUAAAAUGUUCAUUGAUUUGGCUAAAUUUAUCUAUAUAAAAUACAAAGACUAAUUGCAUCAUAUGAUCGAUGAUGAGACAUCCUCUUAAAAUUCUAGAUCUAGGUCAGGCAGUGUAGAUGGAGGAAAUCAUACAAAAAAUCCUCACAGUUUGAAUUAAUAAAAUAUUAAUAAAAUGAGACUAAGAAGUAGACUUGGACAAUAAUAGAAGAAGUCAAACUGUAGUUGUUGA